AUGCCAGUCGACAAGCGAGGGGAGGCCUUGAGAAGACCGCCACUGCGCUUGCCUGUGAUUGCGCCCAAAGAAGACCAAUCUUCCUCGGCAAGUUCCAGCCGCAGUGGCCCUAGUGUCCCUCCGCGUUCCCGCCUACCUCCACGGUCGAGGAGUGGCUGUUGGACGUGUCGCUCACGCAAGGUCAAAUGCGACGAAACCAAACCCAUCUGCGGGCCCUGUGCUCGCCUGAACCUCAAUUGCGACUUCAACCCGCGCAUCUCCUUCCGCAAUGACACCUCUCGAGUUUUGGAACGCAUGCAGGACGUCAGCAUCACUGCAAGUCCAGUGUGGGAUCCUGCCAAUUCGCCUGCGCCGACCGAAAACAGCCCUGGAUCUGCCGAGGUGGACGAUCUCCCGGCCUUUGCCAACCUAACCACAGACGAGGAGCGCGAGAAGAAGGCAGGAAGGUCGAGUCCCGGAACCUACAACGUCGUCGUCAACCCCGACAGCUUUCAACAUCUCCCAGAGUACAACGAUGAUCCAGACGUCAAACGAGAAGUUCUACUCCCUCCCCGUCGAGGCUCCGUCGCCACUUCACUCGGUAGUAGCCUCGGUCGCGAACAGGCUGUCGAAGCCAUUCCAAUCUCAGGGGACCCCAACACGGUUGUCUUGCCUAGAUUCCAAGAUGUUAGACGACGCGGCACCUUCAGCUCCAACCGGGCUCGCUCACCUAUAUCCCCAACAGCCCGACACGCAAUGAUCAAGGAUGAGGCUGUUGUCAAGAUUGAGGACCAGGAUGAAGCCGUGCUCAGCGAAGACUCCGAUUUCAUGACCGAGUCAUUGAUAGUAGGUCAAGAAGCUAGAUACCUUCGACAGUUCCGACAGGUCGUUUGGAAACACUUGGUCCCAGCAGAGCCUGACCAAAGAGACGGUAUGGCACGAUCGAGCGUCACCAUCCUGGAACAUGCCGCCACCAGCUUCCCUCCGCUGCACCACGCGAUGAUGGCUGUCGCGGCCUUGAGUGUGGCGGUCCAAGAAGGGAAAGAAUGGCUCGACGCCCUUCAACAUUAUCAGCAAGCUUUGCCAGCAUUGCAGUCCACUCUUCGAGGACCGAACGACUUGGCGUCCGAUGGUGCUUUUCUAACGCACUUCCUCUUACUAGUCUACGAGAUCGCGGCCGCCGAAGCCGAGCACUCGAAUCUGUGGUCGCAACACCUGCUGACCCUUUUGCAAAUUUCGCUGUUACGACGCGAAGCGUUGGACGGCGAGGUAUUUCCGUUUGUUGUUUGGUGGAUUUGCAACAUCGACCUCGACGCCUUACUCAGUGGUGCGGGCAGUGGAGGAUACGUCGAAUCCUUACUGAGCAACGAUUUCAUCCCUUCUCCGAGCUUCCACCUGUACCCUCUUGGCCUCGACGGCUCGAGCGUCCUGUAUGCUGACGAGGUGCAAGUUCUUCCCACGAUCCUACAGCUCGAUUACGAGGUCAGUAUUCUUGCCAUGCGGCUGGCGCUGCUCGCACGCGAGUUUCGCAGCGACAUUACGUUCGACGGAGCGGAUGUCCUACAGCGAAACCAAAUUGUCCGGAUUCGCCAAAGCCGAAUCUUCGAGCUCCAGGAAGCGUUGCGCCAGUUGUGGGUGACACCGGCGGUGAUGAUGGUCAAUCAAGAGGUGGAUAGUUUUCCGAUCCGCCCGAAACAGCUGUACGAGCACGCCGCGUCCUUGUACAGAGCAUGCAUCAUCUACUCCCACACUUCCAUGUGGCCCGGCCAACGACUCGACACGUCUCCAGACUACGACACGGAAAUCGCGGUGGCCUCGAGUCAGAUCUUGCAGAUGACCAGCAAAGCGCUUGCAGAGGAUCGGUCAUACUGCCGAUACCUUGUGUUUCCCGUGUUUAUGGCCGGGUUCGUCGCCACGGACGGAGCACAUCGAAUGCACGCGGUGGACCUGCUUCGCGAGAUGGAGAAAACCAGCAUUGGUCGCAACACCAUGACGACACGCAAAGUCCUGGCGGCCGUGUACGAAAAGCAAAAUGAGCGGUUCAUGAAUACUGGACAGAGUCUCGACGUGGAUUGGAUGCAGGUUAUGGUCGGGGCAGACCUGAUGAUUGUCAACUUUGGGCUUUGA